AUGUCACCCCCAACUCCUGGUGUAUACUUUGAUGACAAAGAGCUCAUCGACUCUUUGAUGCCAAAGAAUACAUACUUUGAUACCCUUCUAUCUGACGCGUCUUCCAAGAAGCGCCGUCGAUCUUCCACAGACGAUGAAGAGGACCAGACUAUGCCUAACAAGAAGAGACAACAGCAGCAACAUGAUAAUGAAGACGUCUCUGCCAGAACAAAGCGUCAUCGAUCUUCCGAUGAAGUCGAACAGGAUGGGCUUCAUGCGAAUAAGAAGAAACGAAAAGAUUACCAUGAAAAUGUACCGCUGCUCGCAGGAACAAAGCACGGUCGAUCUUCCAUCGGAGAUGAGCAAGAACUGUUGCUUCCUUCUGCAAAGAGGUACAAGUACACGCAUGAACAUGAACUUGUUGGCUCAGCAGAGUUGGCUUCAAAAACUGCUGUAGGGAUCACCGCAGAAGAUGAUGGAAACGAUGACCUGGCAGAAGAUGCAACUACCCUCGCUUCUGAAGAGGGUAGGGGUAUCAGCUCGGAAGGCAAAAGAGAUAAUCCUGACAUGGAAAUUAUAGAAUGCGCAAGCACUACAGCGGCACCUGGAUCCGCCCAAACGAGAAACCCUUCCAAAGUGAAUUCCAGAAUUGUUAAGAACGAGAUUCGGAACAUCUCUGAUGUUGGCCUGGAGGUCCGCAUUAGAGAAGAAUGGAGACCAGCGAUCACGCAUCCUGACUAUGUCAGUCGCCUACCUUCUGCAUCGAUUGACCCUGCCAAUUAUGAGCACAAGCGAGCUUCUGGCAAAGAUGCCAACGAUUUCACUGCAUACCUGGAAAGUCAGCGCACAUGGGGGCCAGAACGAGCCGAUCGGCCUGAUAUUCUCUUUGUAUACAAAAUUCCCAGAAGUGGAUGGAACAGCUCCAACCCUUCGCUCCUCACCUACAAUGAUAAUGGUCUUCGUCGAGUCGUUAUCGAUGUGAUCAACAACAGACCAUUGAAAGCUUUCGACAACCUUCCCGUCACAAUCUCCAAGAAGGUCGAAGGCUGGCUCUUGGAAACCUGGGAACGUCAGAACCGAAAUAUCGAUGUUGAGGAUUUCAUCCAAAGGAUGCGUUUCAACGCGGAUGAUAACGUUUGGAAGAGCAAGAAGUUCAGCAAUGCUUUGACUCAGCGGAAAGAACGUUUCAGAAAUCGUGGAAGGUGUAUUUGCUGGAAAAAGGCCCAGCAUGACCGUGAAUGGGACCGGAAACUCGAAGCGGAGAUGAAGAACAAUGCUACAUGGAUCAAAGCAAACACCACCCGUCACCUUGACGACUUAACAGUCAAAGAAGACAGAGCUCUAGCAGCUGCCACGUUCAUCUAUGGUGGCCACAUGCGGCGUGCUGCUGGUCGCGAGUUGCAGGGAGAUGCAAAGAUCGAAAAGGAAGAAAAUAUGAGAGCCUUGCUUGAUCAGGACGAGAGUGAUGAUGAUGGCCAAGAAGCUGGAACAGAUCUGGAAAGCAGCUUGAGCAAGGUUGCUAAUGCACAAGCAGUUGUGAAUUGCGACAGAUGCGACGUCGAAGCUUCUAGCCUUUCCGAACUCGACACGAAUGAGGACCUGGUACAAACACAAGUCAAUACUGCUCCCGAAGAGGUGCCGCAGCCCCAGGAUCUGACUUCCGGCUUGCGUGUGACUGGAUCAGAGGCUCAGACCCAAGCGAGUGCGACAAAUACGCAGCCCCACUGUUCACCGCCACGAAAGACGCCGGCACUAUCAGAUGCAGAUAUGGAUUUCUUCGACAGCUUGGGACUAGACAUGCUGCCAUACGAAGAGAACUAUGUGUUGCCUCCGUAUUCCAGAAAAGUAAUGGGCGUGUCACGGCAGGACAGCCACCAUAUCGGAGCGAACCCGGUUGAGCUCUGCACAGAGAAUGGUCGAACAAGGUCCAUAAGGGCGUCUACCGGACAGAGGUCGAAGGGCAAGCCGCAGGCGACAAUGUAUCGCUCUGAUGUUACUAAAGAUAGUCGCUAUCCGCCAGCUUCCACGACAUAUGGAUCAUCUGAGUCUGCCGUGUCUGCUGAAGAGCUACCCGACUUUGCGCUCCUGGUAGAUUGUCAAUCAGAUUCGUCCGAAGACGUGCAAAGCUUGGUCGACAUGGACCUCGGUUCGUUGCUUGGCAUUCACCCUAGGAUUGUCGAUUUCAACAUCGCAGAUUAUUAUCCAAACGACCCUGAGAGUUUGGAUCAAGAAUAG